AUGACGAUUGAUUCAACUAUGACAAAUCGAGACUUUUGUACUUUUACUGUUCUGCUGUUGAUAUUAACAUUUUGCCACUCUCAAAAUAUAAAUUAUCAAUGUAACUUUGACCGUAAUAUGACAGGUGACUGUCAAUUCACACUAAUAUCGGAAGGAUCUAAUAAUUUGGCCUUGUCAAAUGGCAAUUUUCCUUCUUCUAAUAAUCCUACUCAACCCUUAUCUGAUGUUACUGCUGUUCGAUCACUUACUACACCUAACAAUGAACCCUGCAAUUUUCCAUAUACUUAUACACCAGGAAACUGGCAAAUGUAUUUUUGUCGAGCUUAUUCUAACAGCAACUUCACAUGUCUAACUGCAUCUGGUUUGGGACAAUGUUCUACUGGAAAAUUUGUCGCGAUAGCUGCAUCAGGAAUUGGUGCAUAUGAUCAGACAUAUGUGACUGAUGUUAAACAAAGCUCAAGUGCUAUUCAAUGUCUUGAUUUCUAUUAUUAUAUACCUGGUACAUCAAGCAAUGCUAGAAUGCAAGUAGGAUGGAAAGCAGAUGCAGACACACAACAAAUAAUUGAACUGACAGCACAUUCAGAAAACAGAUGGCAAAAUAGUCGGAGUAACUAUACAGCUCCUUCAUCAUCUUCUUAUCAACUUACAUUCAGAAUGAUGCGUGAUGCAGUAAGUUUUAAUCAUAUCUUUGGUUUGGAUGAAAUCAAGAUAUAUGAUCAACCUUGUGAUUCUAGUAUGACAACAACUACUACUGAGUCAGCAACAACUAUCACUGAAUUAUUCGAAAUAACCACAACCUCAUCACCCGAAAUGAUCACCUCAAUGUCAACAACAACUACCUCAAUAUUACCCGGAACGACGACUAUUGCACUGACGACAACAACAUCAAUAACAACGACAGUAUCUACUACGCCUAGUCUUUUCGAAUCAUCUGUGAUUACACAAGAUGUUGAAGAAACAUUAAGUUCAAAUGUUCCAAUUAUAACAACGACAACUUCAACUUACACCACAAUAGAACCUCUCCUUCAAAUAUUUAGUUGUGAUUUUUCCACUACUUUAUGUUUUGAGAGUGGUGAACUUGUUGUCACCAAUGGAAAUGAAUUCACUUCUGUUGAUAUCGUCAAUGAACCACCUCGAUUUCCUCUUUCUGAUGUUAGUUCAAUUAUUGAACCAACAGAUUAUAAUGAACUAUGCAAAUUACCUUAUCAACCAUCAAUAGAUAAUAAUACAAAUAUAACUAGUUCAUAUAUAUGGUUUUGUUACAAGAAUCAAUGUCCAACUGAAAGUCAACAAUUAGCAAAUUGUAAAUCAGCUGAGAAUGCAUCAAUCAAUAGGACUAGUAUAUCACAUCACAAUGAAUAUACAGAUUCAUUAAAAGAUGCUAAUCUUAUUGUAAUUACUAAACAAAGUAUAAAUCAUGAUGAUAUUCAUCAUUUACAAUUAAAUACGAAUCAAUCAUCAGUUCCUAUAUAUUUAACUAUUAAAAAUAUAACUGAAAACAAAAAUAGCAGUAUUUAUCUUCUCUCAUUACUAGUUUUUGAUGAGUCUAAUCAAUCGUCAUGGGAAAACUUACUUUUUCAACAAUAUUUGCCAGUGGAUCAUGUUAAUUUCACUACAUUUAUUGUUCAUAAUGAAUCAAAUCUUCUCAAAUGUUUGCCUGCAGACUAUCCAUGUCUAGAUACAAGUGAAAUGCCUGAUACAACUGUAUCUUAUCAAGCAAUAUCAGUUCCAGGUACUAUUAUCACAGUAAUCAAUGCUACCAUUCAUUGUAGCUCUUCCAAUAUGCUAGAAAGUUCUCAAUCGAGUUUUAGUAAUAAAGAUAUUUUGAAAAUCUAUUUAUCAAUAACUACUGCGGUAUCAUGCAAUCAUUGUCAAAAUGAAACAUUGAAAUCUAUCAAUCGCAAACAAAUACCAUUUAAAAUUUCUUCACAAGAUAAUUCUUCUAUUAUUAUAAUUACAAUUAAAACACCUGAUAUUCAGAUUAUUCAUAUUCCAGAUCAAAAUUUAAUUGAAACAGAAGAAACUGCAAUUCAUUGGCAUGGUUUAAUACAACGAAAUACAUUACAUAUGGAUGGUGUUUCAGGUAUUACUCAAUGUGCUAUAUUACCAAAUCAAUCAUUUGUAUACACAUACUCUACUGGUGAUCAAUCAGGUACUUAUUGGUAUCAUUCACAUUAUGCUAUUCAAUAUGGUGAUGGUCUUAAAGGUGUUUUAAUUAUAAAAGAUCAAAAUGAUCCAUGGAAAAAUUUUUAUCAAGAUGAAGAAGUUCUUCAAAUCACUAAUUGGUAUCAUACACCUGCUUAUAUACUUUUGCAAUCAUAUUUAUAUUCUGGAACGUUAGAUAUAAUACAUGACACAGGUCUUAUCAAUGGUAUUGGACAAUUUAAUUGUACUCUAAAUGAAACAUGUUCUUAUUAUCGUACAUCUAUUCGAGCAGGUACAAUAAAACGAUAUCGUAUUAUAAAUACAUCAAUUUAUGCUAGAAUAACAUUAACGAUUGAUCAGUAUCAAAUGAGAUUAAUAGAAGCAGAUGGAAUUUAUUUAGAUGGUAAUAAAUAUUUACGAGCACUUCGUUUAAGUCCUGGUCAACAAUAUUCUGUAAUAGUUACUGCAAAAAAAAAAAACUUUUCAUUAAGUUAUUGGAUACGUGUUACUAUUCAUCCAUUUAUUGAUUAUAAUAAACAAUAUCAUUUAUCUAUUGAACCAAAUAUAAGAGCUAUUCUACAAUAUAUUAAUGAAACUGAUCAAAAUAUUCAAACUAUUCCAUCAAUAGAUUCAUUCAAUGAUGAUACAUUUAUUAUUAAUCAAUCAAUUAAUCAUGAAGAAAUAUUUAGUGAUCAAAUCAGAAUUAAUUCCAAUGAAUAA